AGUGUGGUAAAUCAACUGCAACCAGCUUACAACAACGCCCCGCAGAGCAAACAAUAUAUAUCCAACAUAUAAUCCUGACUCGCCGAUACCAAACCCAUAGUAACCCUCAUCCCCAGAUAUAUAAUCAUUGGAGAGCUUACACCGGUUGCUGUCUUCCCCUUGAUACUCCACCUCAAAGCUUUCGAACCCCCAAGCUUCACCAUUAGCUACUAUCGAAGAACUAAUACAUUGCAAGAGGUGGUUAAGUUAGGGGAGGCAAACGGAUAGACGAGGUAGACAUCAUGUCUUCCACCAACGUUCAGGUGAAUGGUGGCCAUGAUCAUAUUCUACGACCUCGGCCUCGAAAGCCGCAACACUCUCAAGUCGCCGAGUUAGUAAGAGAACACAGUAACACUUCCAUCAAUGGACAACUUGAACCACCAAACGAAGAUGCUACCCCAUCAGGCAUGACGAGUGGUCGCUCGACACCAAUCCCCGAAAACGCUCCUGCGUCAACCAAAGCUCUGUCUAGUGCACGGAAGCAAGUUCGCGCAGAACAGCGACGACGUCUCUUCCCGACCAUCGAGUACGCCUCACGAGUCUCCCACUUCGAUCCCCAAUCCGACUACCGCGAUUUCCAUGGCUUCUUCAACUUAUUCUGGAUUGGCCUGGCUAUCAUGGGUAUCACUACCAUGUUGCGCAAUUAUAAGGAUACUGGAUAUCCUUUGCGUGUACAGAUAUGGACGCUGUUCACCGUGAAACUAUGGCAUUUAGCUAUCGCCGACGUCCUCAUGGUCGCGAGUACCGCUAUCAGCUUGCCGUUACAUAAGAUCUCUAGAAGUAGCAAGGGGGCACUGACAUGGAGGAAGGGCGGCAUGGCGAUUCAGAGUAUCUACCAGGUCAUAUGGCUAGCCUUCUGGAUCGCCGUUCCCUUCGUUCUGAACUGGACAUGGACAUCCCAAGUCUACCUAUUACUACACACCAUGGUUCUACUUAUGAAGAUGCAUUCAUACGCAUUCUACAAUGGCCAUCUGUCAGAAACAGAAAAACGACUACACGCCCUCGACGAACCCCAUAACGCCUCCAAGGCUCCGGCUUACGUCUACCCCUCCGUAGACAACCCAAUGGGUAAGCUAGCGCACAAGGAACUAGAAGUCGACAGCGACAACGAAGAAGAUGACGGUCUAGCGCAAUUGCGCGAAGACUUAGCACGCGAAUUAACAAGUCCUAUCGGCAACGUAACAUACCCGCGCAACCUCUCCUGGGCCAACUACAUCGACUACCUCCUCUGCCCAACCCUGUGCUACGAACUCGAAUACCCACGCAACGAAUCGAUCAACUGGACAUCCCUAAUCGCCAAGAUCGUCGCAACUUUCGGUUGUAUCUUCCUCCUCACCAUCAUCUCCGAAGAAUUCAUUCUCCCCGUUCUCCAAGAAUCGACCGUGCGUCUAGAUAACACAUCCUCGGUUCUCGAGACGCUACUUAUCCUCGCCGAGACUAUGUCCUGGCUUCUAUUCCCUUUCAUGCUAACAUUCCUACUCGUCUUCCUCGUCAUCUUCGAGUACGUACUCGGCGCCUUUGGAGAAAUCACGCGCUUCGCCGAUCGACACUUUUACAGCGACUGGUGGAACAGUACCGAUUGGAUGGAGUUCAGCCGCGAGUGGAACGUCCCCGUCUACUCUUUCCUACGCCGUCACGUAUACGCUACUUCAAAGCCCAGCGUCGGUCGUAGUUACGCUACUAUCAUCACCUUCCUCAUCUCCGCCGUCGGCCACGAGAUCGUCAUGGCCUGCAUCACCAAGAAGAUCCGAGGUUACGGUUUCGUGUGUCAGAUGUUGCAAUUACCUAUCGUCAUGCUCCAACGCACUAAAUGGAUCCGUACGCAUAAGACGGCGAAUAACGUAUUGUUUUGGUGUAGUAUGGUUAUGGGGUUGAGCUUGAUAUGUUCGCUCUACGUGCUUGUUUAAUCCGAGCUUCACUUGCGACGUUGUAUUGGAAUAUUCUGCAUACGGUAGGCAGUUUGAAAUUCAUAAGAGGAACUUCUGAAGUUGGAAAAGAAGGUCUACAUCAACUAUACGAGGUAUCACAUACACAUUGGAGAACACCUAGGCAUAUCGUCUUGAAAUGCCGACACCAUACCAUAUUGUCAGGUAUGAAUUGGUCUUGUAUUAUUUUGUAUUUGCAUUUGCAUAGUCCAGAUAUAUA